AUGUGUUCAGGCACUGCAACUGAGGCUACAACCAUAACCAUCACUACUGCUUCUAUAGCAUCUAGAACUACCACAGUAGCAGACAAAACUUCAGCUGAACCUACUGUCACCACAGCAGCCACCACCUCAGCAGAACUACGAACCACAACUGCCAGCACUACCACGGAGGCUUCAACUGCAACAGCCACCAGUACUACUUCCACUGAAUCUUCAACCAUCACAGCAGCUACCACGUCAGGCAAACCAACAGCCAAAACAACUUCUGGCACUACCUCUGAGGCUACCACCACAAUGGCCAUUGCUACAACUUCUACUGAACCUUCAACCACUACAGAAGCUACCACUUCAACUGAACCCACCACCACCACCACAGUAGCCACCACUUCUACAGAGCCAACUACUGCAACCACUGCCAGCACUGCUACUAAAGCUACAACCACCAUUAUCACCACCACGACAGCUUCUACUGUACCAACAGCCACCACAACAGCUAGCAUUUCAACUGAACCAACUAUCUCAACUACUGCUAGCACGACUAAGGCUACAACCAGAUCCUACACCACUACUGCUUUUAUUAAACCUACAACCACCACAGCAAUAGCUACCACUUCAACCGAAUCUACAACUGAAGCAGCAACCACAACUACUGUCAGCACUACCACAGAGGCUACAACCAUAUCUGACACCACUGCUGCUUCCACUGAACCUAUAACCACGACAGCAACACAUACCUCUUCAACUGAACCUACAACUGAAGCAACAACUGCAACUACUGCGAGUACAACCACCAAGCCUACCACCACAACAACCACCACUACAACUUCUACUGAACCUGCAAUCACAACAACAGCCACCUCGUCAAGUGCCCCAGCUGCCACCACAACUUCUACCACUACCCCUGAGGCUACAACCACACCGGCCACCAGUACCACUUCCCCCACAUCUACAACCACCAUGGCAGCAGAAACCACUUCAAGUGAACCAAGUACCCGAAACACUUCCAGCACUACGGAAGCUACAACCAUAUCUGACACCACUGCUGCUUCCACUGAACCUAUAACCACGACAGCAACACAUACCUCUUCAACUGAACCUACAACUGAAGCAACAACUGCAACUACUGCGAGUACAACCACCAAGCCUACCACCACAACAACCACCACUACAACUUCUACUGAACCUGCAAUCACAACAACAGCCACCUCGUCAAGUGCCCCAGCUGCCACCACAACUUCUACCACUACCCCUGAGGCUACUACCACGUCAGACACCACUACUGUUUCUGCAGAACCUAUGACCACCACAGCAACCGAUACUACUGCUUCUACUGACCCUACAACCAAAAGAGCAACAGAUACCACUUCAACUGAACCCCCAACUGAAACAACAACCCCAACUACUGCCAGCCCUACCACUGAGGCUACAACCACACCGGCCACCAGUACCACUUCCACCACAUCUACAACCACCAUGGCAGCAGAAACCACUUCAAGUGAACCAACUACCCCAAACACUUCCAGCACUACUGAAGCUACAACCAUAUCUGACACCACUGCUGCUUCCACUGAACCUAUAACCACCACAUCAACACAUACCUCUUCAACUGAACCUACAACUGAAGCAACAACUGCAACUACUGCCAGUACAACCACCAAGCCUACCACCACAACAGCCACCACUACAACUUCUACUGAACCUGCAAUCACAACAACAGCCACCUCGUCAAGUGCACCAGCGUCCACCACAACUUCUACCACUACCCCUGAGGCUACAACUACAUCAGACACCACUACUAUUUCUGCAGAACCUAUGACCACCACAGCAACCGAUACCUCUUCAAAUGAACUUACAACCGCAACAGCAGCCCCCACUACAACUGAAACGACUACCACAACAACUGCUAGCAGUACUCCUGUGACUUCAACCACACAGGCCACCAGUACCACUUCUACCACAUCUGCAACCACAAUGGCAACAGAAACCACUGCAAGUGAACCAACUACCACAAACACUGCCAGCCCUACCACUGAGGCUAAAACCACAACAGCCACCACCACUGCUUCUACCAAAUCUACAACUACCACAGUAAUAGAGACUACUUCACCUGAGCCUACUACCACUACAUCUGCCACCACAUCAAUUGAACCACCUACCACAACUGCCAGCAGUACCACUGCGCCUAUCACUACAACAGCCACCAUGAUGGCUUCUACUAGACCAACAGCCACCACAGCAGCUAUCACUUCAACUGAACCAACUAUCUCAACCACUGCCAGCACGGCUGAGGCUACAACCAUAUCUGACACCACUGCUGCUUCCACUGAACCUAUAACCACCACAGCAACACAUACCUCUUCAAUUGAACCUACAACUGAAGCAACAACCACAACUACUGCCAUAGAACCACCUACCACAACUGUCAGCAGUACCACUGCAGCUAUCACUACAAUAGCCACAACAGCUACCACUUCAACUGAACCAACUAUCUCAACCACUGCCAGCACUACUGAGGCUACAACCACCAGCAUUUCUACUGCUUCUACUGAAUCUACAACUGCCACAUCAGCAGAAACCACUUCAAUUGAAGCUACAACCAGCACAGCUGCCACUACCUCAACAGGACCAACUACCAGUACUGCCAGUGCUACCACUGAGGCUACAACCACAUCCAACACCACUGCUGCUUCUACUGAACCUACAACCACCACAGCAACAGAUACCACUUCAACUGAACCUACAACUGAAGCAACAACCACAACUACUGCCAGUAUGACCACCGAGUCUACCACCACAACAGCCACCACUACAACUUCUACUGAACCUGCAAUCACAACAACAGCUACCUCGUCAAGUGUACCAACUUCCACCACAACUACCCCUGAGACUACAACCACGUCAGACACCACUACUGUUUCUGCAGAACCUAUAACCACCACAGCAACCGAUACUACUUCAACUGAACCUACAACCACAACAGCAGCCCCCACUACAACUGAAACGACUACCACAACAACUGCUAGCAGUACCCCUGUGACUACAACUACACAGGCCACUAGUACCACUUCUACCACAUCUGCAACCACGAUGGCAACAGAAACCACUGCAAGUGAACCAACUACCACAAACACUGCCAGCACUGCCACUGAGUCUACAACCAUAUCUUACACCACUACUGCUUCUACUGACCCUACAACCACCACUUCAAUACCUACCACUUCAACUGAACCUACAACUGAAGCAACCACCACAACUACUGCCAAUACCAUCACUGAGGCUACAACCACAAUAGCCACCACCACCACUUCUACCGAAUCUACAACCACCACAGUAGCAGACACCACUUCAGCUGAACCUACUACCACUACAUCUGCCACCACAUCAGUAGAACCACCUACCACAACUGUCAGCAGUACCACUGCAGCUAUCACUACAACAGCCACCACAACAGCUGCUACUUCAACUGAACCAACUAUCUCAACCACUGCCAGCACUACUGAGGCUACAACCACCAGCAUUUCUACUGCUUCUACUGAAUCUACAACUGCCACAUCAGCAGAAACCACUUCAACUGAAGCUACAACCAGCACAGCUGCCACUACUUCAACAGGACCAACCACCAGUACUGCCAGUGCUACCACUGAGGCUACAACAACAGCCACCACUACAACUUCUACUGAACCCGCAACCACAACAACAGCCACCUCAUCAAGUGCACCAGUUGCCACCACAGUGUCCAGCACUACCCCUGAGGCUACAACCACGUCAGAUACCACUGUUUCUGCAGAACCUAUGACCACCACUGCAAUUGAUACUUCAUCUGGACCUACAACCACAACAGCAGCCCCCACUACAACUAAAACGACUACCACAACUACUGUUGGCAGUACCCCUGCAGCUACAACCACACAGUCCACCAGUACCACUUCUACCACAUCUGCAACCAUGAUGGCAACAGAAACCACUGCAAGUGAACCAACUACCACAAACACUGCCAGCACUGCUACUGAGUCUACAACCAUUUCUGACACCACUAUUGCUUCUCCUGAGCCUAUAACCAGUGAGGCUACAACCACAGCAGCUACCGGUACUGCCUCCACUCCAUCUACAACCACUUUAUCAGCAGAAACCACUUCAAGUAAACCAACUACCACACCUACUACCAGCACUUCUAUUGAGGCUACAAACACAGCAGCCACCAGUCAGUCUUCUAUUCUACUGAACCUGCUACCACCAUUUCAAGUUAAUCAACUGCCACAAUAAUUUCCAGUGCUAUCUGUAAGACUGCAACCAUGUGGUACAACACCACUGCUUCUACUAAACCUAUAUUCACCACAGUCACUGAUAUCCUUUCAAAUAAACCCACCACCACAGCAGCAGCUCCACUUCAACAGAACGAAUCUCCACAGCUACUGCCAGCGCUACCCCUUUGGCCAUAAUCACAAUUACCACUAACUCCUCUAUUGAACUUAUAAUCACCACAGCAGGCACCUACCACAACAACUACCCACACUACUACCAGACCACCACCCAGUGGUUACUACUACUUCUAUCUAAUCUACAACCGCUAUGCAGCCACCACCUUGUCACAAGUAUGAAUGCCAUCUUUUAAUUUGAACCUACUGCCAUAACUGCAAGCAUUGUGCCUUCAUCUGAAUUGCACUACAUGUACAAUUAUAUUUUCUUUUGCACCUAUAGAUAUGAGUACCAGUUGCAUAUUUACUGGGCCUGUGAUCACAAUAACUUCUACUGAAUCUACUGUUAAAGCUUACAGUACCAUUUCAACUUUGUCUUAUCCAUUCUGCCAACCCCUGUCACUCCAGCUUAAGGUACAACCAUAAACCAUUCAACAAAUUCAACUCAAAUUUGAAAAAUUUCCAUUUAAAUGAACGUGUAAUUAGCAUCAGUUUAACAGAAUCUCCAGACACCAAUACUUGUUCUUCAACUGAAUGUACAUUGCCCACAGUAAGUAUAUGAAUCUAGUGACUUAAUUAGUGACUGAAUCUAGUUUGCUUUCUGAUUCAACUAAAACAUCAUUUUCUACCUCCACUGCCACACCUCAAUAAGAAUUAAAUCAACACAGAUGCUAACCCAACUGACUUUACAGACACAAUAGCAUGACUUCAGCUGAAUUUAUAAUCUGCAUAACCUAUAUUACCUGUUAAUAGAAAAUUAUCAUCACCUUCUAAGUAACCUAUUACAGUGCAAUUAGCAAUUUCACUGCCCCUUCAAAUGAGUGUAUAGUAUGACAACAUUAACAAAAUAUGCUAGUACUGUAACUUUUCAUAUUUCACAGUAGGUACCACCACAUUUAUUGUUCAUACAGUCAUGCUACCAUUUCCAUGCACCAUCAUUUCUACUGUACUUACUACUACAAUACCUAUCACUAAACCCUUCACCUGAAUUUAUAAGCACUGUAACUUCUGUUGACAUGUUAUUCAAAGCCAUCCAUUACUUAUUCAUCUGAACCAAUCACUGCCUCCAUUAAUAGUAAAUACAGUAGAUCACAUCAUCACUCCCACUUGACAGAAAUGGCAAAUUCAUAAUGACCUUUUAAUCGCAGCUGUAGUUAGGAUGCCUGAAAAUUAAAUCUUAACAUCCACUGUCAUUACUUCCAUACCAGAACCUAUAUCUACUAUUGGUAACUAUAGAUUCCAUAGCCAGCAACCACCGACAUAUAACUACAAAUAACUGCUCUAAAAUAGGAUUUACUUAAUGACCAAUUCAACUGUCAUCAUAAUGAUAAUGAGUUUCACCCCUAAAACAGCAUUAAGAUUUAACAAUAACAUUAAUUUGACCUAACCAUUUAAUAUGAAGAGUCUCUAGUUUGUGAAGUUUUAAAUAGUACAAUUUUCAUACAAAAUAAAUCCAAUCUAUUUAUUUAUGUUGGAAACUUGUUAUGUUUCAAUAAAAUGUUACCAGUGAAAUAUGAAU